CCUCGCCACCCUCCCUACACUUUUUACUGGGAUUUGCUUGUUUUCCGGAUUUUCACUUUCAGGUCUGGCCCCUCCAUGGCUCCCUUAGCCGAGGUUGGGGGCUUCCUGGGCGGCCUGGAGGGUUUGGGCCAGCAGGUGGGCUCGCACUUCCUGCUGCCUCCUGCCGGGGAGCGGCCGCCGCUGCUGGGCGAGCGCCGGGGAGCUGCGGAGCUGGGCGCCCGCGGCCGGCAGGGCUCAGCGGAGCUGGCGCACCUGCACGGCAUACUGCGCCGCCGGCAGCUCUACUGCCGCACCGGCUUCCACCUGCAGAUCUUGCCCGAUGGCAGCGUGCAGGGCACCCGGCAGGACCACAGCCUCUUCGGUAUCCUGGAAUUCAUCAGUGUGGCAGUAGGACUGGUCAGUAUCAGAGGUGUGGACAGUGGUCUUUACCUUGGAAUGAAUGACAAAGGAGAACUCUAUGGAUCAGAGAAAUUGACUUCUGAAUGCAUCUUUAGGGAACAAUUUGAAGAGAACUGGUAUAAUACCUACUCAUCUAACAUAUAUAAACAUGGAGACACUGGUCGCAGGUUUUUUGUGGCACUUAACAAAGAUGGAACACCACGAGAUGGAGCCAGGUCCAAAAGACAUCAAAAAUUUACCCACUUCUUACCUAGACCAGUGGAUCCAGAAAGAGUUCCAGAAUUGUACAAAGACCUACUCAUGUACACUUGAAGUGUGAUGCUGUCUUCAUUAAAGAAUGAAAGCAGAACUGUUCUCAAAUCACAGUUCCCAUUCUUAGAUAACAACUGAAGAAAAAGACAUUCAGAAUAUCACAGCAUCUGUAUUACACUGAGAUAAUAAUACUGAGAAAAAGGAAUUAACUUGAAGCAGAGCAAGAUCAUGCUUCUUAAGUGGGCUAUAUUUCCUUCGAUACCUUGACUCUACCUUACCAGCUGACUGAAGCUGGAGUCAGUUAAGCUGUGGACAAUGGGAACCUCACCAAGUUUGCUGCUGGUGCCUCACCUCUCUGGAUAAAGUUUACUUGUAAAGUUACCUUAAAAAUAGAUAUACUUCAUGUUGAAGAAAUGGAUUGAAUUGACAUGAUUAUUGCCUCACAAAUUCAGAGGAUCUUCAGAAUUUUUCAGGUCAUGGCAUUAUAUGUAGAACAAAAACCAAAACCAAAACUCUGGGUUAACUUAGAGCUAUAAGACAUGC